AUGCACCAACAUCCCAACUCCAAAUUGGACUCGGAGAACGAGUCAGAUCAUGAAAGCAGCAGCCAAGUAGCAUCAUCCAACUUAUCUGCUAACGAACCUUCACCGGACCCCUCCAAGGACACCACCACCCUCUCGUCCUCCUCGCUCCCCCUCGACCUCGACCUCUCCCUUCAACUGCAGCACUCCCAAGACCCCGCACACCUCAAACCACCAAUAGCAGAACAUGACCCGAACAAUGCAGCCGCCCCUCCUACACCACCACCUGGAGCCAGCGUGCAGCCACGAGUCUUCUCCUGCAACUACUGCAGGCGCAAGUUCUACAGCUCGCAGGCGCUGGGCGGCCACCAGAACGCCCACAAGCGCGAGCGAACCAUAGCGAAGCGGGCAAUGCGGAUGGGGAUCUUCUCCGACAGGUACAACAGCUUGGCCUCCCUGCCCUUACACGGAGUCUCCGCAUUUCGCAACCUCGGCAUCAAGGCUCAUUCCGCUACUCAUCACAGCAACAUGAUCCCCUUCCAGAGGAUGCCACCGCAGGCACAUCCGCAUCCCCAGCAGCAGCAGCAGGCACCACUGUCGGCGGCUCGAUUCGAGCAGAGCUACUACGGGGUGCCCGUGUUGACGACGACAGAGGAAGAUGAUGUAGGAAUGUAUUGGCCGGGGAGCUUCCGGCAGGUUGUUGCCACCGGUGGAGCAGUCAGCAUCCCCGCCGCUAAUAAUCACAACAACAAUAAUCAGUCCGGUCAUUUACAGUAUGCUGAGAGGCGGCUAAACAGCAAUAGCACUAGUAGUUUUGUUGCCAUGGAAGUCCCGGAUUCUUCAUCUCUGGCGCCGGAUCUAACACUCAAGCUAUGA